AUUUGCUUCAUUUGUAAAUUGGAAAUUUUUCGUUUGGUACUGUGUUCUAAGUAAAUCCGUAAAAAAUUGCAAAUUUAUUAAAGAAAUUAACAAAUUUUGAGAAUGGCAAGUCCAUUGGAAGGGGCUUUGGAAAUUCCAAAGAUGUUUCUGAUAUAAUGACCGAGAGUUUCAGGACCCAACUCGUCAAUAUGGGUACGCGUGCUCAGGCCUUUAAGGCGAAGUUGCGCUGUCUUCAUGAAUAUCAUGUGCGUCUACUACAUAACGUCUUACCAGCGCCCUCUGGCUUAGAUAUUGCUAACAAUAUCAAAUACUUUUCUCAAACUCUCUUAACUGUCCUUAAAGAUGUGCGUACCUCACCACACGAUCUUAUACGCAAUCCCUCUGAAGAUCCUACUCGCAUGUCUGCCUAUCCCACUCUUGAAUAUGGUAAUCUCUAUAAUGCACUUACUAUGCUCAUCGAUGUUGCACCUUGUAUACAAUAUGGACAAAUUGUGUUUGGAAAAGCUUUAUUGCAAUGCCUUUGCUGUAUCCUGCCAUUCUUGGACAAAGACUUAAUUGAUAAUCUACCCUACUUGGCUAGCUCUACUAUAUCUGUACUACCCCCAGCUUUACAUCAAGAUAUCGUAAAUGCCCUCUGCUACUACAUCCUACCAUUCACUAUAACUCGCCGCAGUGCCGAUGAACAAGAAUCACAAGCUUGCCAAUCGGUGUCUUCGGUUAUAAUGAUGGUCUUGCAGUACUCUAAUAAUCCUGCUCAUCAUUGUCAACUCCUGGAAUGUCUGAUGACACUUAAACAUAAUGUCGUGAAAGAUAUUUUAUGUGUCGUAGCAUAUGGCACCGCUGUCUCCAGAUCUUCUGCGGCUAAAUUAUUAUUUUACUAUUGGCCCGCAUUUGAUCCUAACCUAUUUGACAGAAAGGUCCUGCUCUCGAAACUUACAAACGAUCUCGUCCCCUUUGUGUGUCAACGUGAACACUGUCCCAAUGCUGGAAAUGCUGAGGCAGCGAAAGUUUGUUUUGACCACAGCAUUAGUAUUACCUAUGCCCCUGACUGUCCCCCACCAUUGUAUCUGUGCAUCGAAUGUGCCAAUGAAAUUCAUCGAGAACAUGCAAAUCUAGAAUUCGGCGAUAUACUGCAUCCCAUGCAGCAGGUCUCUAUGGUGUGUGAGAAUAAAAAUUGCCGUUCUACUGAAAAAUCCGCAUUUUCGAUUUGUUUCUCCACCGAGUGUGCCAGCUACAAUGGAAAUCAUCCCAUACGCUAUUGCUCCCAAUGUCACAGUAAUCGUCACAACUCAAGACGUGGAGGUGAUCAUGUAGUACAUCGAAGUUUACCGCCAGCCUGGCAAAUGGAUCGAGAGAUGCAAAUGCAUAUGGUCGAGAGUGUGGUGAGUUUGUUGAGAGAGGCCAAACCAUUGAAUUUUGAACCGGGCAAAGAGAGCUCGGAUUCAAAGAAAAAUGGUGGCGGUGGCGGCGGUGGUGGAAAUGGUGUAAUGCCUGAUGCCAUAUUGCCAGAGGAGAGGCAAAUGUUGGGUAGAUAUGGCAUUUGGCUAUUGGUAGGACGUUGCACCCCCACCCCAGAUACUCCAGUGGAAAUUCUGGGACGCAUUUUAAGCAUGCUAUUCCAUUGGUUCCAUGUCACAGCCUACUCCUAUGAUGCUGGACAAAUUGAGAGCACCAUUGAGAAAUUGAAGACGGAGCAUGUUGUGGAUUGGCUCAAGGAAAUAUGUCGCAUACACUACAAUGUCUUUAUAUCCUGUCUCUUGCCUCAUCCCCCAGAAUAUGCCAGAGUUGGAGGCCAUUGGGAAACUUUGGCCUCUAGAACUUCUCAUCUCAAAGAGGGUCUUCAACGUCUAAUCUGUUUGGUUCCCUACGAAGUUAUCACAUCGGAAAUAUGGGAUUAUGUUAUGCCUCACUGGAUGGAAGCCAUCACCAAUGAUGUGGCCGAAAAGGAAUUAAAUGAGUUGAAAAUUGUGCUCAGCAAAAUUCUAGAUCCGGAAAUGUCGCCUUUGGGAUUCGAUGCCAAAACCAUGUAUAAUUUUGUAGCCAUACGCUUUGAAAAGACCACAGCCAAGGUGCAGCAGCAAGCUUUGCGUUGGCUUCAGAUCCUCUCCAAACUGGGUAUACUGAUACCCUUAGUUCAAUUGUUUGCCAUGUUCGGUGAUGGUGUGCGCAUAAUGAAAUAUGGUGUACAACACGAGUUGAUGCGAGAAAAGGAGGGCAGCCAAAGUGGUAUAGCGCGUUCGGGAGUAAAGGCCAUAACCAGAGAAUCGAAGAAUGACAUUGUGAAUCCACCACGCAGAAGUUCUAUAUCACCUGUGGUCGAAGAUGAUUCUGGCAAUACAUCUGCCAUAUCGGAUGAUGAGGCUCCCACCAAUCGUCACACAGAAUUCUCUACGGAUUCGGAGCAUAAUCUGACAUGUUGCAUACUCAUGUUGGAUAUUCUUUUGAAACAAAUGGAGCUACAAGAUAUUGAACAACAUUUGGGCAUACAUACCUCAGUAUGCGAAAAUGUCUCCAGACUUUUGAAGUGUAUGGUCACUGCAGCCCGCGUGGGUCUGAGCAGCCAUGUUUGCUCGUUAAAGGUGGCGGAAUGUGCUUAUUGUGAAGCAUCCAUAAUGUGGCAUCAGUUGUCUACAAAACUUGUACAAUUUAUGGCUCCUCUUAAUCCCCUCAGGCCUCCGGAUGUACCUAUUGAAGAAAUCAUUGAAGAAGAGAAAUCAUCACGCAAAAGUCCCCCCGAGAGCGAUAAGGAGAAGACAAGAGAACGCGAUGUCUCACUUUCGAUGGCCCCACUGCCCAUACCAUUGGGACCACUGGGAGGAUUUUCAGACCUUUUUAAGCUCGAUCCAAUCAUUUCAGACGAUGGGAAAAUUAUUAUUAUGGCAGGUCCAGUGCCAGUGGCGGUACCACAGCCCGAACCCCAUUCUGUGGGUGGCGUACUUGUGCAUAUGCCUCAUGUAUGUUCGAAGAACGAUAAUGGCCAAUCGGUUGAUAGUAUUGAAUUGAGAAAAGUUCACGCUACAGACGAGAUAAUGACGGCCACUGUAGAAACAGUUUCGGAACAAUUAGAUCUAGCUUCGAUAUUACCCCCAGAUCGUGCUAUAGCUAGAUCUAUAACACUAUCCGAUGCUGAUGUUGGAAGCGCUAAUGUAAGUGUUACAAAGGCUUCAGUUUUGGGAGGUGAUAAUGGCAAUGGAAGCACUGGCGGAGCUUGUGGCCUGGAGAAUGGCAGUCUAUCCGAUGAAGAAGAAGAAGACGAGGAUGGCGAAGAUUUUUGGCAUACCACAGUGGGCAAAUUUAAAUUUACCUUGGAUGCAUUGCCUCAAACUUUGCAGUACAUACAUCAACUGUUGACGGAAAUUCCCACAAUCAAGAAACCUGAAAUUCUCUACUACGUCCUGCAAUGUCUUAACGUUAUGUCUUUGCAUGGUGAUGCAUUGGCCAAAGCUGCACGAGAACAUCGUGGAUUCUUCAUAUGGUGUCAAGAAAAUUUACUUAUUAAAAACCUUUGGGAACUUUCCAAUGCCGAACAUUCACACAUUUGCCAAGUUGGUGUACCACUUCUAUUGCACUGCAUCACAUUGCCCCUGGGCUCUGAUGUCUUCUGGCGUGUGGUACAGGAAGCAUUUCACGACACCGAUUGGCGUGUUAGAUUCACAGCAGUCGAACGAGUCACUGUAAUUACACGUUUUAUGGAUUCGACACCACUACGCACUGAGGUUGGCCUCCAGACAGCCUUGGCUACGGCAUUUUGUCAUCUUAUCGCCAGCAUGGAUGACAUUAAUGUCUAUGUAGCCCAGAGAGCUACGCUCUACAUCGGAACCAUACAUGAUACAGCAAUUCGGUCACUCCUCUUCUGCUUGGAAUCACAAUUUGACCUGUUCAUAGUCGAUCGUCCGGUGGUUUUGCAGUCGCUCUAUCAGUUGCACAACUCCCUAUCGGAUCGUAGAGUUUUAACUUGGGAAUUCUUUUUGAAUCGUUUCGAUACCCUCUUUGUGGAGGCACAAAUAACCCUGGAGAAAUGUGGAGAUAUUUCUUACUUGCGUGAUUUACGAAAUUCAGAAAAUGGCAGUGAAGCACUGUCAUCGAAAAUAUUAAAGGCACGAGAGGCUCUAAGCCAAAACGAUGCGGCCACAGGAGGAAUGGCCAAGACUUUGAGUGCUUCAUUUGGCACAAAAUGGCCUUACAAAAGGACGAUGUCAGCACCGGCUAGUAUGAUACCGAGACAAGAUUCCAAAUUUGUACCCGAAAAAGAAAAAAUCUACAGCCGGCAAAUAUCGGCUCCCAUAUUGAAACGGAAAACAUCACGCUUCGGUUUGGGUCAGUUUUUAGGCUCUGGUAGUGGAGCUAGCCAAACAUGUCCUAGUUAUAGUUAUAAUCCAACAGCAACUAGCAAUACAUUAACACAUCGUUCGGCUUACAGUUCUCAUAUAAACACUCACCCUGUAACGUCGUCACAAUCACAAGCUCAUUCACAGCCACCGCAACCCCCCACCACAUCCUCUCACCAUCACCCACCCUGUCCCAUACACCAUCCACCGGUUAUGGUUCACCAUCACCAUCCCACCACUGGUCCCACCACCUCAUACACCGGCCCAACGGGCACCUCACAACAUUUUCUGUUUUCGUCCAGUUCCCAUCCAAAUAGUAGUAGCAUUGCACCAGUAGCGUCAACAUCAACUUUAACCUCGACUCAUAGUCAAAGUCAUCAGUAUUUAGUGCAUUGUGUAGCGCCUAGUCAAACGCUAAUUCAUAGUCCAAUGCCAACGUUACAAGAAGCUGAUCACCAUCAUAAGCAACAUACAAAAUCCCAGCCCACCACCCAAUCCCAUCAAUAUCCGUAUCCUACACAUUCCUAUCACUCCCAUUUCCAGAAACAUCCCUCGGCACCGAAUCUAUUGCCAGCCCCACCCCCACCUGCAGCACCGGCACCCAGUCCCACUCCUUCAGCUUCAGCUAUGCCAUUGAGUUGUACUUGUGAUGUCGGUUGCACACAGGCAUCCCAAGAUUUAUGGCUAAAUUUUCACAGGCCCAGCCAUUGUAUGGAUUUUCCAGGCACAUAUGGCCAUAUUCAUUCGCUCAGUGGCAUGAAUGAUGAUGCUCUUAUUGGUCUCUUAAGCCGCAUAACAGAACUGGAAGAAUCCGAUCGAGAAACUAUUCAUCUUUUGGUUUUCCUAUUAAUGCAAUUCAUGUCGCGUCCCGAUCAAGCCUUUCCCUCAGAGGAUAAGCCCAUGUCGAAGACCCAGGGUAUAGUUUUGAAACAUCUAUUUUUACUUUUGGGUCAUAAUCAGAUUGACAAGACGUUCCACACAUCGCCGGAAAAUUUGAGAGCUUCUGCCGUCUUCAAUGCGUUCAUGGCAAAUUUACCCCAAGUUUUGGAUCAAAAUCACCUAAUCGGUGGUCUCAUUCUGUCAUCCGUUAUGCAAAUAGCUCUAUAUGCUCCCAAUCCAAAUAAUAAUGCCGCAGACUCGUAUCAGAAUCAAGUUUUCAACUAUUCCCUUUGGUAUUUGGAACAGUAUCCCCGACGCAAUUGGAUGUUCACUAUGCUCGUCGUGCUCUACAAGUAUUCUUAUACCCAACCUCCGCAAAGUGCUUAUGUAAACUCAGCCAUACGCAUUAUAAUGAACAGUUUACGUAAUCAUUUCCAUCAGUGUCGUCGUAUUCCGAUGACAACGAAUUUGGAUAUACAAGGUACUUCUAGAUCACGAGAUGUUAGUCAACCAUCGCUGGGCACCGAUCCAGAUGAUAAGGAACAAAGUCCGCCCGCAAGUCCCAUGUUCCCUUCGGAGGGGACAAGCGGUGCUUCGAAGAGUAAGGGCCAAAAUGUUGCCUUUACGCCGAAAUUGCAGCAUGCCUUCAGAAAAUACAAUGAUUCGAGUUUGGAUGCCGAUGAGACGGAAUCUGAGUUGGUGGCUAUCCCUGAAAGUGAUUUAUCCGAUAGCACUCUGCAUGGCAGCAGUGCUCCCGGAUCCUUUGAUGAUACCAUACAUUUUGAGGAGAUCACUCCUUCGAAACUGGAAGCUUUGAGAAAUCGGCGAACCACCGAUGAAAUGAUGAAGAACCAAAAGACCAUGAUAACCACUAAGACCGGCGAUACGUACACCACAAAAAUAAAGCCUACCACUACGGAGCCCCACUCUGUGGCCACGCAUUCACGUCACAGUUUGCAGGAGGGUGUUCGCAUGAUUGUAACACCUCUGGUGGGUACAGAACCUUCAGAGACCGCCAUUAUAAGUCCUCCCGUGGAUGUCCAUCGCGCUGUGACAGUGCGCAAUAAGUCGCAGACUUCCGAUUCCGCUGCCACAUCCACAUCGAAAAUGUUUGCCGCCAUAGCUACCAACCACUUAAAGGCUUUGGGAGCUCUACAAGAUUUACCAGCCAAAGUAACCGAUACCAAGUCCCUAUCCUCCGCCAGCUGUUCACGAUCGGCCAAUGGAAGCUCGGAAAGUUCUGAUAAGAAGAGCAGUGCCAAAUCCUUGACGGUGGAACCACCCCCGCAACCUUCCAAAAAACCCAUGGGUCGCCAUAAGACCAUAAUAGAAUGUGGUGCCGCCACAUCCUCCUCUUCCAAUGGCAACGAUGACUCACGUCUCAGUGCCAAUCACAAGAAGGUCUCUGCCAAAUCUUUGAAGAGGAAUGACAAGGCUUAUGGCUCACCUGAUUCUCCGCUCUCCAAGAUGAGUGUCAUGCCAAAUCCUGUAGAUGAAUUGGACUCCAACAAUCUGCCACCUCCAAAAAAUAUAGCUGCGCUAGAGAUUCCAACCCCAGAGCGUCUUUUACCAAUUGGAACUCAGGAAAGUGUAGCAGCCAUUGCCGAUCGCAUACGAGAAGGUUUAAAUCUUCCCGACAUUAGUCAUCUCAAACAAGACAGCCUGGAUGUGUCGGAAAGUACCAAAGACGAUGUAACACCUAGCAGCAGAACAAAUUCCCCAAGGCGUCUAAUCAAGCAAGUGGCUCUAGAAGAACCCGGCGUGCAACAUGGUGCAACGACGCCAUUGCCUAAAGACGAUGGCCACGAUUUGCACACAUCAAUUUUGAAGACCGUACAAGAUGUAAAGCAUGGUGCUGGCGGGGGAGCAAAUGGUGGCAGUUCUCAUGUGCCCACGAAUACAGCAACACGUUCGGAUAGUUCAAAGAAACCCCGUCAGAAGAUGGCUCCAUUUGCUGUAGAUGUCAAUGCUAUACCGGACAUACGGUCGAGAUAUGCAGGUUCAUGGCCUCCACCGCCCUAUCAACCACCAGAGGAUCCCGAUGAUGAGUUGGAAGAGGGUCAAGAAAAUGGAAUUCAAGCACAACAUGCAACACAACCGAAUCGUGUGAGUAAUCGACGAGUUGGAGACUACACAGUAUGUGAUCGUUGUUCAGAGUGUGGUGCUCUUCUUGAAGAAUACACCGACGAGGAAAUCGGUCUGCUAAUUGUUAUACUUGGAACCUUCAUACAUCGCGAACCAGCCAUGGCUGCACCAUUCCUUCCCGAAAUAUUGACAAUAUCUUCAAAGAUUUCAUCAACUUCAACUUUUGCCUGGCAAGGCGAAAACGGACCACCUUUGGUAUGCAGUGCCCAAGCUAUGGCUUUACAAUUCCUUAGAUGUGUUCUACAUCAAUUGGCACCGAAUGGAAUAUUUGUGCAAAUUCUACAAACAGAAGUUGUCAUGAAAGUUCGUCGCAAUACAUUCCGCAGCAUUGCCAAAGCCCUGCAGGAUUUCCAGGAGUUAAAUGCUUCCAGUCCCAUUUAUAUGGUUUGCGAGGCUUUGCAAGCCAAGAAGUCAUUGCCACUCGAAUCUUUGCCCAUUAUUUUCCGCAAUAUGUCGGAAUAUCUGCAAUGUGUGGCUCCCGAUGCCAAUAUUGUGCAGUCGGCUUGGCCUCAGGCUAUGGCCAGUUUGGAGAGUCUUCUACGCCAAGUCAUUGUGAUUUUACCAAACAUUACCAAUCACGACUACCUUUUGGAUUUAAUUGUGGCCACUUUACGUUUAAAUUGUGUACCCAAGACGCUGCUGGAUCCAUAUUCGAAAAUUGUGGCCUAUUGUGUGCAGCAUACCAAUCUGGAAUAUUCGGUACUCUAUGAUCUCUGCAUCUAUAGCCGUUCAUUUUCACGUGACCGUGACAAGCAAUACUUGUGCCGACAGUUGAUUUUUGAGUUCGUGCAGGCCUUAAAGUUUAAGAUUAAUAUUCCCGAUCAUAAUCUUCUGAUGAUAAUUGGCUUUGUACUUUUGGACGCAGGUGGUACUUUGCCACCGGGCACCUUGCAAGAUAUACCAGAGAUUCCAUCGGCGUCGCCCACCAAUGCUGCUGAUUGCUUGCGGCAAUAUAUAAAUGAUGUCAUUGAUUUUCUAGCCGAUUUUCACACAUUGAGCAAGAUAAAGAAUUUCAAAAAUUCCCAAACUCAAAAUGGUUUGGGUGAGGAUACUUUGGGUGGCGUUCUCAAAGGAGCUGUAUCACAGUACUUGGCCUUGGAAAUGUCCAGAGGAAAUUCUAGGGACAACAAAGCAGUGGCACGUUACUUACCCUGGCUUUAUAAUGCUCCCUCAUCCUUGCAGCAAGGGCCCAAGGAAUUCACUGAAUGUGUGGGUCACAUGCGUUUACUAUCCUGGCUUUUGCUGGGUUCCCUUACCCAUAUGGCCUUAAUGCAAAGACGUUCUGCCAUCCAUAUAUCAUCAACGGCAAAUCAAACCACUAGCACCACAUCAAAUCCCCCAUCUGGUGGUGGUGGUGGUGGUCAUCAUCCACCCCAUACCAACUCUACCAAUCAGCCUGUGCCCCAAGAGGCUUCUUGUCACAUUGCCGAUCACAUACAAGUCAUAUUUGCUGGAUUCGCCGAACAAUCAAAAACUUCGGUGCUGCAUAUGUCAUCACUAUUCCAUGCGUUUACCUUGUGUCAACUUUGGACAGUUUAUUUGGAACAAAUCGCUCAUACAUCGAAUAAUCCGGAGGGCAACACCAUGGGCGUGCUCUUUGAAUUCUGGGCUAAAGUUACGCCUUGCAUCUUGCAAUUGGUAUCGCAUUCGAAACAUAAGGAUUCCAAUGACUUCUCCCAAAAUUCAAACGCCAAGCUAUCCGAAAUGGUUAACUUGCAUUUCCUGAGUCUACUGGAAGCUUUGAAGGAAACAAAUUCUACAAUUUUAAGCAAAUUGCUGCCCUUAUGGAGUCCGGUAUUGUCGUCCCAUACUCAGCUCUCAGAUACUCUGCAUGUGCGUUUGCAAAGUGUUAGAGAUUAUGCUCCUGAUUAUGACAAACAACAGGCGCACAGUGCUGAAGUUCUACUGAAAUGGCUACAACGUCUCCAAUUCAAAAUGGGUCAAAUCGAAUUGCAAGCAUCGACAGCGACACAAUUCUAUUCAAUAUAAACGAGUUUCUUUUACAAAAAAAUUAACUAACAUACAGAUAUAAUUUAAAAUAAAAUCACAUACAUACAUAAGAAGGAGCAAUUAAGACUCUGAACAAAUUCGAGCCCAGCUCUUGUUUUGAAAAUGUUUUUUUAUAGAAAUAUUGUAACGAUCUAUGUCAAAUGAUUGAUGUUGUUGUCACUGUAGUAAAACAGAAUAUACCAGUUUCAAUGUUGAAUGUGUUAUUGGAAAAAUUAAAAAAAUAUAUAUAUAUAUGACAUUA